CGCUACCGACUUGGCCCCCGGCGCGAAGAUCAGUACCUCGGGGCGAGACAUCAUUCUCUACUUCCACGGGGCGCUGAGCGGCCAUCCCGGCUUCAGUUUUUCGGUCGAGUUUGAAAUGACGUGUCGCCAGUGUUCGACCUCACAGACGUCGAAUGCCAUCCACUGGAAGUCCCCCAGUUAUCCGUCCGCUUAUCCGUCCGCAUUACAGUGUUCCGUCAACGUGCAGGAGACAGCGCCGGCACUGACCUACCUCAUUUACAGAAGAGUUCGACUGAAUGGCAGAUGUCAAGAUAACUUCGUUGUCAACAGCCCUAAUGGGAAUACCUUUAAGGUGUGUGGCAGGAGACGCGGGAGCAAACGACUCGUUGGAUCCGAACACAGUGUUUCCUUCAGCAGCGGGCCAGCGGUGGGCCCCGCGGGCUGGUACCUAGUUUUUUACAGGAGAAGUUCGUCCUGCCACGGCGUCGUGGAUCUCUCAAGUUCUUCCUCGGGAUAUCUGAAGUCCAGAAGAUAUCCGAGGCUUCACCCCAAGUUCAACCAGUGCGAAUGGUGGCUCAGGGCUCCCGCCGGACAGAAGAUCCAGCUGACGUUCGAGUACCUGGUACUUGCGAGCAGGUUAUACCAGCCAGAUAUGACGUGGUACCAGAAUUAUUACUACCAGAAAUUCUGCAACCGUGGCUACGUCCUCCUAUCCAUGGAAGGAGACGCAUCCUAUCCGCCGUCCUCAGAAAAUACCCAGAAACUGUGCGGAUACCGUCAGGCGGGAUUCCAGGUCACGUCGGUCGCCAAUGAGAUGAACCUCCUCUUCUACGGCGCCAAAUAUAGAACGAGGGGCAUGAAAGUGCGAUACGACUUGCUUUGAAGCAAUAACCCACGCUUGAACCUGGACUGUCUAUCUAUAUAAAC